AUGAUAAAUGAUCCACACCCUCCGCUUCAUACGUUUCAUCAGUCAGGAGACCUCAUCAUUGGCGGAAUUACUUCCCAGAGCUUCAUUGUCUCCAGUCCAAUAGAUUUCUCUGAAAAAGUUCCAGCAACUUUGUUAAAUGAAUUGAUGACACUGACGAAGAAUUACCAACACAUCCUGGCCUUGGCAUUUGCAGUAAGGGAGAUCAAUGAAAACCCCCAGCUCUUACCCAACAUUACUUUGGGUUUACAAAUCUAUGACAGCUAUUUCAAUGCCAAGUCAACGUAUCAUGCCACAAUGCUACUUAUGUCCUCACUGAAGAGAUUUGUCCCCAAUUACGUAUGUGACCCCCAGAAUAACCUGAUAACAGUCAUUGGGGGACUAGACCCCCUAACCUCCCUUCACAUUGCAACUCUCUUGGAUAUUUACAAAAUUCCACAGAUCAUCUACAGUCAUGCUCCAGUGAUGAAUGAUAAAACCCCAGGACUGCCCUUCUAUCAGAUGUUUCCAAAUGAAGAGCAUCAGGACCAGGGGAUUAUUUCUUUACUUCUGUAUUUCAACUGGAAAUGGAUUGUUGGCAUUGUUAUGGAUAAUGACAAUGGAGAAAGAUAUGUGCAAACUCUUUUCCCAUUGUUUUACCAGAAAGGCAUUUGUUUUGAGUUCAUAGAAAGAGUACCCCAAAUAGAUUUUCUCUCUGAUCUUCUGGACAAGAUGAAAGAAACUGGAAAAUUACAAGAUAAAGUCAUCGACAGCAAAGCCAAUGUGGUAGUGACCUAUGGAGAAUCUUAUUCCUUGGCGUUUUUUAGAUUUGCUGCAUUUGUGUCAGGAUUAGGACUUGCAAAAAAUGUAACGAAAGGUAAAGUGUGGAUAGGAACAAUCCAAAUGGAGACUUCAACAUUUGCCUUUCAAAGAACUUGGGAUCUAGGACAAAUCCAUGGAGCACUCUCUUUCACAAUUCACUCCAGUGAUCCACCAGGAUUUCAUCAGUUUGUUGAGAGAAGAAACCCAACCAGCACCAGAAGGGAUGGUUUUAUCCAGGACUUGUGGGAACGGCUUUUCGGUUGUAUCUUCCCAAAUCAUUUUCUGAAUGACUUGGAGAAGAAUAUUUGCACAGGAGAGGAGCAGCUGGAGAGCCUUCCUAAGGAUAUGUUUGAACUGAGUAUGACUGGCCGUAGUUAUAACAUCUACAAUGCUAUCUAUGCAGUGGCCCAUGCUUUACAUGACAUAUCCUCAUCUCUCUUCAGACACAGAGUAAUCAUCAAUGGAGGGGUAUUGAGGCUUCAGAAGCAACGGUUGAUGCAGCUCCAUCACUUUCUGAGUGGCUUCUCGUUUAACAACAGUGCAGGGGACACUGUUUCCUUUGACCAAAAUGGUGAGAUGGUUACUGAAUUUGAUUUGAUGAAUUGGGUUACUUCCUCCAAUAACUCCUUUGAUAAUGUGAAAGUUGGGAGGAUGGAUCCCCAGGCUUCUUCGGACCAAGAUAUCAGGAUCAAUGAGGAUGACAUUACAUGGCACAGAUGGUUCAAUCAGGUACGCCCUCUUUCUCUAUGUGUUGACCCUUGCCAUCCUGGUUCCAGGAAGACAGUGAGGGAGGGGCAACCAUUUUGCUGCUAUGAUUGCACACCAUGUCCAGAAGGGAAGUUUUCAGAUAAAAAAGACAUGGAUGACUGUUAUAAAUGCACAGAUGAAGAGUACCCAAACAAAAAACAGGAUUUCUGCCUUCCAAAGGGGAUAAGUUUUCUGUCUUACGAAGAACCUUUGGGGUUUAUACUAGCCAGUGUUUCUCUUUUAUUUUGUGUGAUUACAGCUCUGGUGCUCGGGAUAUUUCUGAAGCACCACGAAACUCCCAUUGUGAAAGCCAACAACCGGAACCUCACCUACACUCUCCUCCUUUCCCUCCUGCUUUGCUUCCUUUGUGUUUUGCCUUUCAUUGGUCAGCCACAGAAGGUGACGUGUCUCCUCCGACAAACUGCUUUUGGAAUCGUCUUCUCAGUGGCUGUUUCCUGUGUGUUAGCAAAAACCAUCACAGUGGUUGUGGCUUUCAUGGCCACCAGACCAGGAUCCAGCAUGCGGAAAUGGAUGGGGAAAGGAUUGGCCAACUCCAUUGUUAUUUCCUGUUCCACUAUUCAAGCAGGCAUCUGUGCUGUGUGGUUCCUAGUGUCUCCUCCUUACCCAGAUGUUGACACGCACUCAGUAGUUGACAAAAUUGUCCUAGAAUGUAAAGAAGGGUCUGUAAUUUUCUUUUACUUGAUCUUGGCCUAUUUGGGCUUCCUGGCUAUGGUCAGUUUCACAGUGGCUUUCUUUGCUAGGAAACUUCCUGACAGCUUCAAUGAAGCCAAGUUUAUCACUUUCAGCAUGUUGGUCUUUUGUAGUGUGUGGAUAUCCUUUGUUCCAACCUACCUCAGCACGAAGGGGAAAUACAUGGUGGCUGUUGAGAUCUUCUCCAUCUCAGCCUCGGGUGCUGGCUUGCUGGUUUGCAUCUUUUGCCCCAAAUGUUACAUUAUAUUGUUGAAGCCUGAACUGAACAACAGGGCACAGCUAAUAAAAAGAAAAACAAUGUAA